CUCUUGCGAAAAAAAACUAUAAUAUAUAUGAACAACUACCUAGCUAGCUCCAUAGACAAUUACAAAUAGUCUUCUCGAUAUUAUUCUUGUUUUCUUCUACACGGCAGAUAUAAAUAUUAGUACAAAAUAUACACAGUCAUAUAUUAAUUGUCUAGCUGGUGUGUUGAUACAUCAAUUGAGAAAGAGCAUGGAAGGAGAAAGAAGGAAGAGAAAAUUAUUAGAAGAGGAAGAAGAAAAUGAUGAGGAGAAAAUGGAGAAGUUCUUUGCCUUGAUAAAGAACACAAGAGAUCUACUCUCUAAACCAGAUAAGAAAGUGGAUGAGGGAAAAAAAGAAAAGAGUAUUUGGAAUCCAACUUUUCAACUAGAAGAUUUCAUUGGUUGUGAUGAAUUAGGAAAGAGUAAUGUUUCUGUUUCAUUUACUCAUGAUGCUGUAGCUGGUCCUUCUUCAGAGAAAGAAAAAGAGGUUAUGAUAAUUGAGAAAGAAUGUGUUCAAGAAGUAGCUGCAACCACUACAGUAGAGGCACCAGCGGACCAAAUUGAAGACAAAGAGAAAAUCAGUGAUAAUCGCUUAGACUUAAAUCUUUCUUUGUAAUAAUACCAUUCCAUAUGAUGGAUUGACUUCUAUGUAGCAUCGACACUUUAGAUUUAAGUUGUGUCUGAUGCCUGACACGUGUAAUUAUUUUUAAUUAUCAUUAUUAUCAAUAUCGAUAUGGCAUAUGACACUAUAGUGUUCGUGUCUAUGUCAGUACUUUAUAGGUCGGCUUUGUCCAUGAUAAUUUGUUGACCUUAUAUUUAUUGACUUAGUCAUCC